CACAUCAAAGUUGAUUGCGCCUCUCAACCAAUUGACAAUUCUACUUCCCCGUGACUCAAACUUUAAAAUGAUAUGUUAAUCCUGCACUAUCGACCGGGUGGAUGGCGCUUGUUCAAUGACUUGACUAUUCCAUUGCCAAUGGCAUGCCUGCAUUUCAGCCCCAUACCUUAUGCCAUCCUUGCUAGAUGCUGUUACUGUAGUGGUAGAUGAUCAUGAAACAUGCUGAAUGGAAAUGAAGACAGAAGUCGAGUGUCCUCCUAACUUCUCAUGGAUCAUAGAUGGAGUCCUUGCUGCCCUAGCCUUUCCCUCCAAGCAAGGUCACACACAAUAUCUGGUUGAUCAUGGAGUGGAGCAUCUCGUUUCUUUGACAGCCGAGAGGACACCCAACCCUGAUCAUCUCCAAGGUCUUCAAUGGACACACAUCCCAAUUCACGAUUUUAUGCCCCCUACCCUGAACCAGAUUAUUAAUUUUGUCGACACGGUGGAGCAAGCGAGACAGAGAAAUGAAGCUGUUGCAUGUCACUGUGCGAUGGGACAUGGACGGGCUGGAACAAUGAUUGCUUGCUACCUUGUGAAGAGCAACCCCGACACAUUCACACCAGAGGAAGCAAUAAAGGAGAUCCGCAGGUUGCGUCCAAAAUCUAUUGAAACAGAAAGACAGGAAGAAAUGGUCUUUCAGUAUGCGGAACAUUUGAAGACUGACCAACCAUGUUUCUCGGGGAUUGGGGAGCAGCAGGACAUCAAGAAACGGUCAAGGUCAACUUUACAUCUUCACAAAUAGCAAUGGACAUGCUGCAAACUCUGACAGUCCAGCCCGAUUGAUGCGUCCAAACAUUUUCAUAUCACUUGUCUGUGAGAGGAACACAUAGGCCUAUAUAUAUGACCUGACGUUAGGACAGUUCAGAGGCGCUUGGGCAGCCGGGGGCAACCUAAUUUAUUUGCCUUGACUAUACAAUGUAUUCCAAAACAGAACAUGUAAUCGCCUGAUAGGUGCAUGUUGUGGGCACAUUUGUUACGCAUAACAUGACCGCGACCGGGCUGAUGUAAUCUUUCAUAACAUUGGCGACAAGCAUUACUAAUCAUUAUCAAGUGUAUUGUGUCACCCGCCAGCUUAUGAGACACUCUUUACUUCCAAAGCCCCCAUGACCGGCCACAUCGGUAGGGGCCAUCCAUAAAGUAUGUACGCAUCACACUGGGGAUUUGAGACAAAAUGUACAGCUGUACGCAUUCCCCCCAAAAUACCCCCCUAUACCCCCUCUCCCCUUCAGUGCGUACAUACUAAAUGGAUGGCCCGCAGCGGGCCUCGAACUUCCAUUCACGAGG